CGGGAGUGGCGGUUGAUUCAAAAUGGCGGCAUCGAAAGCAAACCUGCACAAAACGGGAAUAUUUUGGAUAAAUGAUGUGUCGGACGAAGAGCAGCCUCUGGCGUUUGUUCCUGGUGUGAACAGAGGAAUUCCAUUUGUGUCUGCACCUCACAGCUCAAAUAAAGGAAGAACCAGGCAGGAGCAGGCUGCAGUGAAAAGGCCGACACUGAGAUCCACACCCAGGCAGAGGGAGAGGGGGAAUUCAGGAGGGCACAAGCUUAGGCAGAGGGAGUGUUCAGGGGGCAGCAGCUCAGAGAAAGUCCCCCUCUCUACACUGGAGGACCAAACUGCAAGAGGACCAAAUGUUUUUCUACAACUGUCACAGGUGGAGAGAGAGAGGAGCCAUAUCUCUCUUAAAGACCUGUGUCCUGAAGAUAAGAAGAGGAUUGCCAACCUCAUUCAGGAACUGGCCAGGGUCAGUGAGGAGAAGGAGGAGUCAGUCCAGCGCUUCUUGGAUGAGCAGGGACAGUUUGAGCAGAAGAUUCUGGAGCUGGAGGCGCAGAAUUUGAUCAUCGCUAAGGAACGAGAGAGACUCCAGCAGCAGUACAAAGAGUGUCAGGAGCUGAUGGGCCUGUACCAGCUCUACCUCAAAGAACAACAGGACAAACUGGACUCACAGAUGAGAGCAGAGGAGGCCUCACACAGCAGCACGUACGGCUGUGCAGACAAAGCUAAUAGAACGAACCAAGCUAACGCUAACCUAGUUAACGGCUCAGUGUGUGAUGGCUCCUACCUCAGCCUGGCCCCCGCUCAUGGACACCAGGCGCAUUUCUGUCCUACUACCCAUCAUGCAACUGUCCCUCAGCCACAGCUCCAACAUCUACUGUCAAACCACCACCCUACGGCCCAGUACCACCAUCCUACUGCAGCCCUACACAGUCAGGUCCUACACCCUCAAGUCCUAUGCCCUCAGCACCUACACAACUCUGCACCACCCUCUGCCCCCCAUCCCAGUGCAGGCCAUGUGACGAGUGACGCCAUCCUCCCUGUGAGCACCGGGGCCUGUCAGUGCCACCAACCCAAGCCAAAGGAAGCUCUCUACUCCCGUGAUCCAAGUACAGAUGCAGACCUGGGUCCAGACAGCGGAUAUGAGACCCAGCCAAUGAACAAGACCUGCAAUAAGCACCAGAGGUCAACUGCAGGCUCCUCCAGUCUGGGUCUCGAGUCUCAGGACUGGGACCAGAGGAAGAACCAGCUCCUGAUGCAGAAGAUCCAACUAGAGGAGGAGAGAGAGAGACUGCAGAGGAGGCUGAGCGAGCAGGAGCAGAGAAGGAGCAAAGAGGAGCAGAAGAGGAGCCAGGAGGAGAGUUCACAACACAACAGAUUUGCAGAUCCUAAACUCGCUUCACCAGCAGAGACUGGGCCUCUGCCGUCACAGACUCCUUCAGCCUCCAGGCACGCGAUGAAAAACGAGCAGAAAGAGGGUUAUGCCCAAGAGCACAGCACAGAGGAGACGAGCUUCAGGAGAGACAUGGACACUUCUCAACGCCCUCUCGCCAGUCCAGAGACCAGACUGGACCUGUCUUUGUCUGAGUUACUGGAGAUCUUCAGCCCUGUGUGUCCCAGCAGCAAACAGAGGAGCACCACAUGCAGGCCUAAAGCAGCACUGCAGCCUCCUCACUCCUCCUUCAGGAACCACGCCCCUCUGAUCUCAGGCCCCACCCCCUUCAGAAGCCACACCCCGCUGACCGCUGACUCUCACCUCGACCUGGAGGAGAGCCGUAUCCUGGAGGACAUCUUCUUUAUCCUCUGACCUCAGUUUAAACAGGACUGUUUCAGAAGCAUCAUGGUUUUACCCUUUUAUCAUUCUCACACAUUUAUACUAAUAAACUAUUUAUAAACACGUUU